UGUGUCUACUACGUAUAUGUAUAUGGUUUCCACGCCAAAUUUUCAAUAUCGCGUUUGAAACGUAUUCUUCUCGAUAGAUUGUAGUAUUGGAUGUAAUAGUCAACGAUUCAUAUAAUUUCUGACGGUGCCUUGUUGAACAUUGUGAGAUAAUGUUCCUGAUUACGUUUGAACUUGGACUCUUACUGCUUUCGAUCCCAACCUAAUUCCACGUAAACACGUUUAUGGAAAUUCGCAUAAUUUAAUUGAAACAAACGGGCUCGUAACAUUUUGCGAAAAUGUUUAAAAAAUUUAAAGACAAGCUUGCCGAAGAAAUGAAACAAUCGCCUGCCAGAUUGCAGGCGAGCAUGCAACAAUUAGCCCAGGCAGUUGUAUCUCCAGCAUUAUCCAAUAGUUCAAUACAAGAAUUAUCUGCACCCAAUGACAAUUUUAGUCUGACAGAGGAAGGAGAUGAAACUCCGAAAAAUAGUCCUGCAAAACAUGGUUUUCAAAAUGUGGAUUUAAUGUCACCCAUGUUAAAUUCUACAGGUAUUUCUAGAAGAUCAUCAAUUAGCAGUGUUACCAGUGAUACAUCAUCGCUGUUCCCAAUUUAUGAGAGCCCUGCUAAUUUAUAUCAUUUACAGUCUGAUAUGGAUCAAUCUGCUAGUGAAAUAGAUGAAAAUAUAAGUCCACAAUUGGAUAAGGUUACCAAAGACUACAUAUAUUCAGCAUACCGAAAAGUACAAGCAAAAUAUCAUAAGUAUCGCGGAAGAUAUACCGAUUUAGCGGCACAUUAUCGAGACUUAGAAAGAGAAAACAGCAAAUUGAAAUCAGUUUUAGUCGAAAGUCAAGAUAAAGCAUUAAGACGGAUAACUGAUUUGAAAGAACAAUGUCAGCUAGAACAGCAGGCAAAAGCUCAUUUAGAAGAGGCAUUGAGAAAUGACAUAGAAGAAAAAGGACAUAUAAUAAAUACAUUAAACACAAAGAUAAAACUUUUGCAAUCAAGCGAACCAAAUUUGGAAGGUGUGAAAUCAAAUGCUAACGAUUGUAGAGAAAAUGUAAAAGACAAUCUGAUUGAUCUAAACACUGAAUCAUCUAAUAGUGAAUUUUCUAAUGAAAAUGUGUUGUUAACGGAAAAUGUGCAAUUGAAGGAUAAACUGAAGAAAUUAGAAAAUGUUGUUCUUAAAUAUAAGGAGUCUUUAAAACGGAAUAAAGAAAAGUUUACUGAAAUACUAACAGAGAAAAAUACAUUAGAGUCCGAUUAUGAAGCGCUGAAAAAAUCCUAUAACGAAAAAGAAAAAGAAUUAAAUAAUGUAUCUAUGGAAAUUAAAAACGUUACCGACCAAAUGAACAUUUUAAAAAAGCGUGAAGAAGAAUCGGUUAUAUCUUUAGCUGAGAAUAAACUUUCUAUACAUAGAGAAUUGGAAGACAAAGAAGAACAAAUUAAACAACUCCGAUUAGACUUAAAACACAUGUCAGAAUGUAAGGACAACUUGAGCGAAACUAUUGACAAAUAUAAAACUGAAGUGGAGAAAUUAAAAUUACUACAUUCUACUCAAACAUCAGAUUCAGAGAAACGGGAAGUUAUACAGGAUAUCUCCCGAGGAAAAUCAGAAGCUCUAAAACUUAUGCAGCAGGAAAUGCAAGAGAAAUUAAUUAAUUUGGAAAAAAAAAUGGGAUUAAAAUAUCAAGAAGAGGUUGAUCGUAAUACAGAACUUCCAAAAAAAUUGGAAAAAUAUGAAGAAGACAGUAUAUCAGAAAAUACUUCAAAAGUAGAUGACAGUGAAAUACUUCAAGAUUUAAAGUUUAAAUUAGAUGUAAAGGAAAAUGAAUUAGAACAAAUGAAACAUAAAUUAGAGGAAUUGGAAAAACUUGUUGAAGAAUAUAAAAAUGAUAAACAUAAUCUAAGUAUGCAACUAGUUCACUACACAGAACUGAAGAAUGAACAAGAUGCGCAGAAAAUUAUUAUAGAAGAAAAGAAGAAAGAAGCGCAAACAACAAUUGAAAAGUUACAAGCUACUGUGCAAAGUCUUGAUAAAGAAUUGGAAAACAUGAGGAGUGCUUUAGUAGAUAGAGAUGAGGUAUGUGAAAAUUAUAAUAUUAUGUUAGAGAAAGCUAAGGAGGAAAUAAAAACUCUUAAAGAAAAGGUGGAUGAUAAUACAGAAAUAAAUAGGUUAAAGAAGGAGUUAGAAAGUAAAAUCAUUGAAUUACACGGAGUACACGAUGAACUUAAAUCUUGUAAUUCGUAUAUCUCCGAUCUUAGAACCAAACUUCAAGUAGUCACCUCUAAUACUGAACUGCUUCGAGAAGAGAAAAGUACUUUAAUUAAAAAUAUUUCGAGUUACAAAAAUUCUAUACAAAAGUUAAAAGAUGACACUCAGUAUGUUAAAAAUAAUGUAUUGGAACACUCUACGCAGUUUAGUAAUGAAAUUUCUGAUUUAAGGAAUGUACUUAUUACAUGUCUAGAACAGAAUGGUUGUAUACAAAAUGAUGAAGUACAAAAUUUACAAACAAAAUUAAAAGAUUUAAAAGAAUUUAGACAAAAACAUGAUGAACUAAAAACAGAAUUAGAAGAUGCUAUAUGUCUUAGAUCAAGUUUAGAAGUAGAUUUGGAAAAAUAUAAGGAACAGUUAAAAGAGAUGUCAAUCAAACUUGAGCGACAGAAUGAACUUGAUUUAAAAAAUUGUAAACUUAUAGCUGAAGUUGAUAAUCUUAAUUUUAAAUUACAUGAUUUAAGAAACUUGUCGGUGAAAGUAAAAUCAUUACAAAUAGAAUUAAACUCUUUAAAAGAAGAACUCAAGACUGCUAACGCCACAAAUCAGUCACUCACCAGUGAAGUGUCCGAUCUGAAAAAAGAACUCGAAACGGCGAAUAAAAAUUCAAAGGAACUGGAAGAAUUGAAACAAAAGUAUAUGAAAACUACAGAAACAAUCGCGUCAUUGAAAUCUGAAAAUUACAAUUAUAAUAAGUUGGAAGAAGAAACAAAAUCUUUACAAUCAGAAAUACAAUUUCUAAAAGAUAAUAUACUUAAAAAAGAUGUAGAAAUAAAUACUCUUAGUGAAGAACUGAGGACUAAAGAAAAGUGCAUAGAAACUUUAAAAGUCGAUGAUGAAAAUCAUGUAAAAUUAAUUGAAGAACAUGAAAAACAAAUUACCGAACUAACAAAUACGAAUAAAACAUCACAAAAAACGAUACAAACAAAAUUAUCUCAAUUGAAAAAGUUAAAAGCUAUCAAAGAACAACAAGAUGUAACAAUACAAAAAUUAAAUGAUGAAAUCAACGAAAUAAAAACUAGUAAUACUGGGUUAUUAGAACAGUUAAAACAAUUGGAAAAAGACUCAGAUGCAUUGAAAUCUGAAAACUGCCAAAUAAUGACGCUAAAACAUAAUAAUUCAAUUAUAGCUUCAGAGUUAGAACAAUUGAGGUUAAUCCAUAGUGAAAUAAAUUUAGAAAAUAAGAAUUUAAAGGAUAAAGAAAACGAAUUUCUGAAGCAUAAUCAAGAAUUAUACGAAACUAAUGAAAAGUUGACACAAAACAUUUCACACUAUGAAAAACAUAAUCAACAAUUAUUAAAUGACAAUAUGCAGUUGAAUAAGGAAAUUGAAUUGCACAAACAUCGUUUAAGUGAACAAGAUCAAGAUAUAGAAAAUUUGAAAAGUCAAAUAACAGUAUUAAAUACAGAAUUGCAUUCGAAAACUGAAGAACUAAAGUCACAAAUGGAAGAAUUAGCUUUGUGUAAAAAGGAAAUGAAAGAAAUGAAAGAACAUCUCACAACUGAGAAUGAGAGAUUACUUCACGAAAUGUCAGAAUUAAAAUUAGCUUUAAAAGAUAAUAAAAACACAGAAGAGAGAAAUAAAGAACUUUCAAUGGGUGUAGAAUUAUUAGAACACAAACUUACAAUGCUAAAAUCAUUGGAAGAGGAAAAUAAUAAAAUAAAAUUAGAGCUUAAUAGCUUACAUGAAGAAAAAAUUAAAUCAGAAAAAGUACAUCUACAAAACAAUGAACUGAUUAGUGACAAUUUUUCUUUAAAGAAUCAAAUUCAGGAAUUAGAUAAUUUGAAUUCUGUGAACGUAAACCUUCAAUCUUAUGUACAAAAUUUAGAAUCUAAGAUUAAUAGUUUAGAGCAAGUAGAAUCUGAAAAUAAUGAACUAAAAACUGAACUUGAUGCAUUGGAAGCAACAAAUAGAGUAAAUAAAGAACAGUUAACAGCAGAAUUAGAUGAAUUAAAACUUGUAGUAGAUGAAAAAGUGGCAGAAUUAAAAUUAUUAGAUACUAAAAAUACAGAAUUGUUAAGAGAAAUCGAAAGGUUAAAAUUUUCAGCAAUAGAAGAAGAUGCAGAAACAGAAGUAGAAAUAUCGAAAAGUAAUAUUGAAUAUUUAAAGGAAGAGAUUACUAAAUUAGAAACAGAAGCAAAAAUUCUUAAAGAAUCAAAUACUGCACUACAAAAAGAAAUACAAAAUGCUCAUACUAAUAUGAAUGUUGACGAAUCUCUUGUUAGAGAGAGUGACAGAUUACAAGAAGAAAAUAAAAAGUUAAAGGCACAAUUUGAUGAAGCAGUAAUAACAUUCCAGGCAAAGGAAUCACAGAUGCAUAUUGUCAAUAAUGAAUUAAAAAAUGAAGCAGAUAAAUUACGAGAGGAAUCAAAAACAAAUGAAGAAGAGCAAAGUAUGAGAUUAAAACAAUUAGUUAAAGAAUUUCAAGCUCAAUUACAUGAUAAAGAGGAGGAGUUACAUGCUGCACUAGAGAAACGAUUUGACCACCAGCAAAAUUAUGUAUCAGAUAUUAUGCAACAAUAUAAAGAACAGUUAAAAGACUUGCAAGUAGAAUUAACAGCAAAAUCUGAACAAAUUGAAAAUUUAAUUUUAGAAAAUAAGAAUUUAAUGGCUCAAAAAGCAAAAGACAUAAAUCAAUUAAUGGAGAAAAUUACAUUACUGGAAAAGGAACAUACAGAUGAACUUAGAGAAACUGAAAAGAAAUGGAAGUCAAUUGUACAACAAAAAACGAAUAAUUUGGAAGCAAAACACGAGGAAGACGUUAAUGAAUUAACAAAAGAAUGGCAAAACGAAAGGAGGCCUGAUAUGCAAACUGAUUUAACUACCAAGGAAUUAGAAAACACUUCCCGAGUUGCAAUGGCAGCAGUACAAUCGAAUACUGGUUCUUUCCACACCCUUCAACAAACAUUAACAGCUCAAAGGCGAGAAUUAGCUGAACUUAGAAAAUUGGUAAAAUUAAGACACGAUACAUUAGAAGAUUCAACCGAAAUUGAAUACCUUAGAAAUAUUUUAUUCGAGUACAUGAUGGGAAGAGAAACAAUGGUGCUUGCUAGAGUAAUUGCUGCAGUUGUUAAAUUUGAUCAGGAACAAACCACAAAAAUACUUAAGAAAGAAGAGGAUAAGAUGACACUGCUUGGUUCUCUGGGUCUCACAUAGUGCAAAAUAGUGUAUAUAAUUUAACUCUAUGUAAGUACUUUUGUAUAUUAGGUUGUAAGUAUCGUGUAUUUAUUUAUAGAGCAUAUGGUUCGAAAGAGUUAAUAUGGUUUUAAAAAUUAUAAAUACAUAAUAUGUAGAUGAUAUAUGUAUAAUGUAGAAAGUUUUGCACAGUUUACUGAUAAGUAAGUACAUGUAUGAUAUGGUAUGAUUAUUUCAUUUUUUAGUAUAUAUCUUAUUAAGGAUAAAUGUAAACUGUUCAUCUAUAAACAUAUGUUCUUAUUAACUCUUAUAACCACUUAUAAAUUUAUUAAUGGAAUAAACA